AUGAUGACUAGAAAGAUUAAGCUUUGGGACAUUAAUGUCCAUAUAACCUGUCAUUUAUGCAACGGAUACCUGAUUGAUGCCACCACUGUAACAGAAUGCUUACAUACUUUCUGUAGAAGCUGCUUGGUGAAGUAUUUGGAGGAAAACAACACCUGUCCAACAUGUCGGAUCGUUAUACACCAGAGCCAUCCAUUACAAUAUAUCGGUCAUGAUAGAACGAUGCAAGAUAUUGUUUACAAACUUGUGCCAGGCCUCCAGGAAGCGGAAAUGAAAAAGCAGAGGGAAUUCUAUCACAAACUGGGUAUGGAAGUACCAGGGGACAUCAAAGGGGAGACAUGCUCUGCAAAGCAACAUCUAGACUCACAUCGCAAUG